CAUUGAUACAUUGCGACGAUGGAGACGGACUGGAGGGCAAUCUGGACACAAUGUAACUAACUAACGGGUCAAUUAUUAGAGCACGGUUGGCACCCAUUAUUUAUUUCCAUUUAUUAUUUUGUCCUUUUGAUUCUUGAAGGAUGUCGGUAGCCGGGUUGAAGAAGCAAUUUCACAAAGCAAGUCAGCUAUUGAGUGAGAAGAUAAAUGGGGCUGAGGGAACAAAGCUGGAUGAAGAAUUUCAAAAAAUGGAAAGGAGAAUUGAUGUGACCCAAAAAAUGGUUCUUGAACUUGUGCCCAAAACCACAGAGUACCUCCAGCCAAACCCAGCAUAUAGAGCCAAACUGGGCAUGCUCAACACGGUGUCUAGGAUCUGUGGGCAGGUGAAGGCGGUGGGGUACCCCCAGACUGAGGGAAUGCUGGGAGACUGCAUGUUGCACUACGGCAGAGAACUGGGAGUCGGCUCUGCCUUUGGAUGUGCACUGGCGGACAUUGGGGAAGCAUUGAAACAGAUGUCCGUAGCCAGAGAUUCCCUGGACGUCAGUGUGAAGCACAACUUCAUCGACCCACUGCAGGCACUCCAGGACAGAGAGUUGAGGGAAAUAGGGUACCACCUAAGAAAACUUGAAGGCCGUCGUCUAGACUUUGACUACAAGAAACGACGCAAAGGAAAGAUCCCUGAUGAGGAGAUCAUGCAGGCGUGGGAGAAGUUUUCGGACUCCAAAGAGCUGGCAGAGAGAAGCAUGUUCGACCUCUUAGAAAGGGAUGCGGAGCAUGUGACUCACCUAUCAGCUUUGAUUGGGGCCGCUCUGGACUAUCACCGCCAGUCUUGCCAAAUCCUGGACAGCCUCAAUCGAAGUCUGCAGGGCAGGCUAGCCAUUGCAGGCAACCGACCAAAGAGGGAGCCCAGGCCCAAAUCUAUUAAGGUUAACACAAUCAACACACAACAAAAUGGAUCUUCCCACAGAUCAUCAGUUAUAUCUUCAGAUCCCCAGAUAAGCCAAGCUGUCAAUGGAAAAAAUGACCAGUACACAAACAUACUGCUAAGACCAGAGAGUCCCAUCAUCUGUAACCAUGAUUGUGAGGUUUUCCUAGACCAGCCUUGCUGCCGGGCGCUCUACUGCUUUGUGGCUGAGAAUGAAGGAGAGCUGGGCUUCAAGGAGGGCGACCUCAUCAUCCUCACCAACCAGAUUGAUGACAACUGGUAUGAGGGCAUGAUCAGUGGGGAGUCUGGCUUUUUUCCCAUCAGCUACGUCAAUGUCCUUGUGCCUUUGCCACAGUGACACCAGGGUAGCACCACAAGCUAUGGGGGCCGGCUAUGAAGUCAUCACCUCUGAGCACUCUCUCUGGAAAUCUUAUUUUGCAAUAAGUCACUCCACUUUCGGAUGUAUUUAUUGACUGAAUUUUUUGUAUUUCUUAGAGCUUAUCUGUUAGAAGCAUUUCAGGACUGCCUCAUUUGGUGGUACCAUCACUUCCUCCUGGAUCUGUGAAUUCUUAAUUUCACCUUAUUUUCUGAGGCCAUAGAGCUACUCAUCAUUACAGUACAUCUCAUUGACGGGAAAUGUCUUUGCGUACUCUACAGGUUGCAUCAAGGCUACACCAGUUCAAACAGUCCUAUGAAAUAUUUGCUCUCUCCCUUGAAAGCCCAUCUUAGUUACCUUUGUCUCCAUUGUGUGCUGUUAGGUGGCCUAAAGCUCACCUUUUGUUACUUUCCCCCUGUGUUGUCUAGUGGUCUUUCCUCAGCAUAAUAAUGGGUAAAUUAGUAGUGACACUUUUUAAUUCAGCACACCUUUUGUGAUAUCAUGGAAUACUUCAGCUGCUUUAUUAAGAUUUGUUUUAGUCUUGGGACUGUUAUUAUCAUGUUCAGGGUCACUAUUCAUGUCUUCAUUUAGCUCUCGAGAACCUAAGGGGUGUAUACCCAGCUUAUAGCUGGACCCUGUUUUGGGUUCUCAGAUGAUUGUACGGACCACAGCUGGCUCCAUGUGAACUACAAUCCCGAUGCUGUUGUUUAUUACCGACGCUCUGUCGAAACGCAAAUGCACCUCACUUGUGAUACAGUUUUGGAAAUCUUAACUUUUAUAUAAGCGAGAUAAUAUUUCAAAUACAAAAUAUACUUACUGUGCGCAGUUUAGCAAAGUUGCACCUAGCUGUUUUCACACACCGUUACGACAUCCUCUCACCUUCCAGUGUUUUAAAAAGAAAUACCGCCGGGUGCAAUGUUUUCUUUCUCGCUUCCAUGAAAGUUAAGUUCCAAAUGUUUCCGAAACUGGAUCGCGUGCGAUGUGUAUUUGAGUUUAGACAGAGCAUUUCGGAGCGUCAGGGAAUUCCCCUCAGGCGACAGACAGCUUUGUGAGUAGACGGUAUAAUUAAGUGCUAAGGCCCGAGGGGGUGUGGUUUAGGGACGACGCAAUGCGGAAUGCCUGGAUACAGCCCUUAGCCGUGGUAUAUUGGCCGUAUACCACAGACCCCCGAGGUGCCGUAUUGCGAUUAUAAACUGGUUACCAACAUAAUUAGAGCAGUAAAUAACAUUUUUUUGUCAUACUUUUGGUAUACGGCUGUCAUCCAAUCAGCAUUCAGUGCUCGAACCACCCAGUUUGUUUAAUAUUACCGUCUAUUGAAUGGGUUGGCCUUCAUUGUGGUAGUGUGGUAAGGUCAGGGUUAAGAAUUGUCUGCAUAUCAAUUUGAACUAGAAAAUAGGAAAUCUCUUAUCAAACACCAUGUGUGAUCUUUAUAGCUGGUCAGUGUUUAAUGUUACACUACACUUAAGGUGUUUUAGACCUGUGCAUUAUCCACUUGAAUAUGAUCCCUUUAUUUGUUUUUACACCCUUCCACAAACAGUAGAAACACGUUGCCUUUAAGCACUUUUUAAAAAUAUGUUGCUGUAGCCUUGACAAUUACUGUAUUUGCACACUUAAUUUCUUUAUUGCCAAGGAAAUACACACAUAAGGUAUUAAUCACCUCAUGUAUAUCCUAUUGUAGGGUCUAGGAAUAAUGUUGAACUAGAAAAGAUUUAGCUGUAAGCCAUAUUGUCACAGAUUGUGUCAAUCACUAUGAAUGAUCCCAGAAUGCUGUAAUAUAGUGUACAUUUCUUAACUAUUUAUUGUAGAAUGCUUGCUGUUUCACUAAUUGAAAUUAGUUAAAUUACAAUUGUUGAAGAAAUGAUGCUUUGUAACAAUCAAAACAGUUAUGAUCAUUGGAUGUAUUAACAUGUACUGUAAGUUAAUUAUAUACUGAACAAAAAUAAAUGCAACAUGCAACAAUU